AUGACCGAAGUCCUUCUCUCUGCUGCUCUGAACGGAACUGAGCCCAACCUGCUAUCCAGCAGCGGCUGGUCUGCGGGAAACGUCACCACCAAGUGCUCCCUGACCAAAACCGGCUUCCAGUUCUAUUACCUGCCCACCGUCUACAUUCUGGUCUUCAUCACGGGGUUUUUGGGCAACAGCGUGGCUAUCUGGAUGUUUGUCUUCCACAUGAGGCCUUGGAGCGGCAUCUCGGUUUACAUGUUCAACUUGGCACUGGCCGAUUUCUUGUAUGUCUUGACUCUGCCCGCCCUCAUCUUUUACUACUUCAACAAAACAGACUGGAUCUUCGGAGAUAUCAUGUGCAAGCUGCAGAGGUUCAUCUUCCACGUGAACCUGUACGGCAGCAUCCUGUUUCUGACCUGCAUCAGCGUGCACAGGUACACGGGGGUGGUGCACCCCCUCAAGUCGCUGGGCAGGCUGAAGAAGAAGAACGCCGUGUAUAUCAGCAGCCUGGUCUGGGUCCUCGUGGUGGCCGCCAUUUCUCCAAUACUCUUCUACUCAGGAACAGGGAUAAGGAAAAAUAAAACCAUAACGUGCUACGACACGACGGCUGACGAUUACCUGAGAAGUUACUUCAUUUAUAGCAUGUGCACCACCGUGCUGAUGUUCUGCAUCCCCUUCAUAGUGAUUCUUGGUUGCUAUGGGCUCAUCGUGAAAGCUUUGAUUUACAAGGAUUUGGAUAAUUCUCCUCUCAGGAGAAAAUCCAUUUACCUGGUCAUCAUUGUGUUGACGGUCUUUGCAGUGUCUUACCUUCCCUUCCACGUGAUGAAGACCUUGAAUCUAAGGGCCAGGGUGGAUUUUCAAACCCCAGAUAUGUGUGCCUUCAACGAUAAGGUUUAUGCCACUUACCAAGUGACGAGGGGCCUGGCCAGCCUCAACAGCUGCGUUGACCCCAUCCUUUACUUCCUGGCAGGCGACACCUUCCGAAGGAAGCUGUCCAGGGCCACCAGGAAAUCAUCCAGAAGGAGCGAGCACAACGUGCAGUCCAAAAGCGAGGAAAUGACUCUCAAUAUUUUAACAGAGUAUAAACAGAACGGAGAUACCAGUUUGUGAACGAAUGCAGAUUUGGGAACGGUUCGAAAAAAUCCUCCGCUUUGAGGCAGUAGGAGACUGUAGGGCUUACGAGUGUGUGAGGAAAAGCUACCAGUCUCAAAUUCUUUUUUAGAUAAAGCCUCAUUUUCUGGUCAUAGGAAAAGCUUAACAAAGUCAGUGGAAGAAUUUUAAUGGAAAAUAAUGUGUUAAAAUUCAGCUUUCCUUCAGUAGUUUCAUUUAUUUCUGACUUCUGUCAGAUAAAGUAAAAUGAAAUAAAUCCCCUAAAGGAGGAGAGCAAUCCAAGUGCAUCUGGUUUAAUGACUUAGUCUCCCACGUUUGAAAAUGUUCUCAGUCAGCCUGUCUUUAAAAAUAGGAAAUAAAAAUAAGAGCAGUAUCUUGUCUUCUGAGGCUCAGUCACAGACCAGGCUCUGUGCUCACUCGCUGUUGUACGCAAGGAUUUAAAUCAAAGUCAUGAUGCAGUUGCCAUUUUCAGUUUUAGUAUCUUUUUUCAUCUACUUCUAGUGCUGAUAAUUACUUGAUAGUUUGGUGGCA